AUGGGUAAGGUACCACAGGAAGAAUCUUCGGAAGAAAACCUGGCGAUAACAGUGCUGUCCUUAUUUGUAAAUGAAGCUGAAAUCACAAAUUUAUGGAAAUUAGAUUCAAUCGGAAUCAAUGAUCCUGUUGAGAAAAAAUCUAAGAACGAGAUUGACCUUCGGACCAAGGAGUAUUUUUUAGAAACGGUAACAAUUAAUAAAGAUGGUCGAUAUGAGGUUUGUUUACCAUGGUCUGAUAAGUCACCUUUGCCCGACAACUUGGAUUUGGCGAAGAAAAGGCUCGACUGCACUACCUCAAAACUUAUAGUUAUGAAUAUGUAUGAGAAAUAUGAAAAUAUUCUUCCAAAUUGGUUAGAUGAAGACAUAAUAGAGGAAGUUCCGACCAACGAAAUGAACUUUUAUGGUAAUUAUUUUCCUCACCGUGCAGUGAUAAAACUAAGCAGCAGCACUACUCCAAUUCGUCCGGUAUUUGAAGCUUCAGCGAGAUUAGCAAAUUAUCCAUCUUUGAAUCAGUGCUUGGGAUGUGGUCCUAAUCUCAUUGAGCUUAUUCCAAAUAUUCUUCGAUUCAGAGAGGGACAGAUUGGCGUUAUAGCUGACACCAGGAAAACUUUUCUGCAAAUUAGUAUUCGUAAAGAGGAUAGAGACUUCCUUCGGUUUUUGUGGUGGGAAAAUAGAGAAGAAAAGAAAUUGAGAGUUUUUCGUCACACAAGAGUUGUUUUUGGGGUAAAAUGUAGCCCUUUUCUUUUAGCUUCAGUAAUUGAGUACCAUAUUCAAAAAUGUGAAGGAUUUGAAGAAUCUUUGAAGAAAAGACUUUUGGAGAGUUUCUGCAUUGAUAAUGUCGUUACUAGUGUCGACAGUACAGACCAAUUAGAUUGA